AUCUCCCAAACCCUAAUAUGCAACCUUCCUUAAUAGCUUCUCCCCUCUCCCAACCCUCUCUCUGACGGCGAAGAUCGAUUAAGGCCAAUGAUAUACUGUUAAUAGUUAUUACCAUUGAAGGAGUCGGAGUCGGAGUCGACGGCGUCAUUGGUUAUCGUCAUCGAUGAUGAUCUGAAAAAAAUUAUGCAUCAGAGCCAGAGAGAUAUAUUAAGAAAUUUACUCCUACUCCUACUCCUACUCGGAUCCGAGUGCUAUGAGGUCGGUCCUGUUGAUCUUUUCUGAAGCAGUACGGUGAAGAUUGAAGUAAUUGGAAUACUAUUAUUUACGAUGAGGAUAAAGAGAAGAAGUUGCUUGCCAAAUAGUAGAUCAAGAAGAAACCGAGUCAGAGCCAUGGUGGCGUUGAAGAAUAAGAAGAAGAAGAAGAAGGCAGAGAGCAAUGCAAAUCAUAAAGAAGAAGCCAUGCCUUUGCCUUUCCUUCCCGAACAUCCUGUUGUCCAGAUACUCUCGAAACUGCCUGUCAAGUCUCUGUUGCAAUUCAAGUGUGUGUCGAAACCAUGGCGCUCUUUGAUCUCCGACCCAAGCUUCAUCAAAACCCACCUCAGUCAGUCAGUCACAAAGUCCGUACUCAUCGCCACUUCCCGCCCUCCAUACCGUCUCUACACCAUAAGCUUCGGAUCAGCCGGUAAUGACAUUGUGGAAUCAAAGAUUGAAUUUUUAUUUCAGAACAUUAAGCCUCAUCCUAGGUGUCGAAUUGUUGGUUCCUGCAAUGGGUUGAUAGCCAUGGAUGUAAAAUUUGGUAUUUACCAUAAGCAAAAUUACGGGGUUGAUUUUCGUUCCAUAUAUGUAUUUAACCCUUCAACGAGGGAGUCCUUGCAAAUCCCUUGGAAAUCCCUUCAUUACCUAAAUGGAUUUGGGUAUGACCAGUGUUCUGAUGAUUACAAACUGGUGAGCACAAGCCAUGAUAGCAUGUAUGUAUAUUCACUGAGAAUUGGUUCUUGGAGAAAAGUUUACCACCCUAGGGACUUGGAUUUUUGUGUUAUAACUAAUGGGAUACAGCUGAAUGGAGCCCUUCAUUGGCUUAGCAUCACAGACAACAAACCAGACAUGCCAUUAGAGAUUGCUGCUUUGAGUUUGGUGGAUGAGAAACUGUCAAAGAUUCCCUUGCCUACUUCCCUCACCAAUUUUGAACGACGGACAUGCCAAAUUGGGCUGUUCGAAGGAUGCCUGUGUUUAAUACCACGUCGUCAUGAUGCAUUUUGGGUUAUGAAGGAAUAUGGGGUGAAGCAGUCUUGGACUAAACUUGAUGUCAAAGUCCCUUUUGUCCCUUUUGCAUAUAUGUUGGAGUCAUUGGGUAUGUUGAGGAAUGAUGAAGGUCUGCUGUUGAUAAACAGAAGUAAGUUGGUAUUAUACAACACAAGAGAGGGAACAAAUAGGGAUCUUGUCAUACAUGAUUUCAAGGAAGGAGUGAAUUUUAAUGCAAUGAUAUACAACACAGGAGAGGGAACAAACAGGGAUCUUGUCAUACCUGAUUUCAAGGAAGAAGUUAAUUUUAAUGCAAUGAUCUAUGUUGAUAGUUUGCUUUCACCCUUCAUGAAAAUGUGAUAAGAGGGUAGAAAAAAAUAAAGGCAAACAACUCUGUUACUUUGAUAUAUAUGACAGACGAAGCAUAUAUAUAUAUAUAUAUAUAUUUUCCCUCCCAUUAUGGCAUUCUAA